AUGGACACCCCCGAGCACCUAGCGGGCGCACGCAUGCUCAUGCGACACAGGAAGCGCCAGCGCGCAGUCGCAGGCGCAGGCGCAGCCACAGCCGUCGUCGGUGAACCCCUCGCCGCGACCUCCCUCGUCGCAGCGCCUCAGGACCCGGCAGCAGAGACGACGGCGGCUGCGAGGGGCGUCGCGGGUGCGCGUGCGACAACCACGCCGGCUGCUGCUGAUGCGGCGCCGACUGUCACGUCUCGCAUCAUCCAAGGCCACACCACGACUACGACGCCUGCGAGGGUCACGACGACUGCACCUGCAGCGCGCACGACCACCACGACGAGCGCCGCCGCCGCGACGACCCCAUCCUCCGCCGCACGCGUCGCGUCCCUCUCCCAGUCGUCCGCCUCUUCCGCGCCCUCCUCUUCCUCAACCGCCUCUUCCUCCUCCUCGACCUCAUCAAGCUCCGGCAUCUCAGGCGGCGCAGCCGCAGGAAUCGUCAUCGCGAUCCUCGCCGUCCUCGCCCUCGUAGGCGGGAUCUUCUUCUACCGCCGCCGGAAAGCGUCUCGCGCUCGCGGAUCCGGACAGGCGCUUUUCGACCAGCAGUCGCCGGAUAUGGGUGGGGUUGGGGCUGGAGGGUGGAGGAAGGAGAGGGAGACGGGUGGGAGUGAGGGGGUUUGGGGUGCGAGUAGUGCGAGUCCGACGGCUUGGGGAACGGAGAACGAGAGGGAGAAGGAGUAUUAUGCUGGUGGGGGAGGGUACGGCGCAACUCAGCAGGCGCAGAACCCGUUCAAGAACCCCCCGGUCUCGCCGACGCCCCCGCCGCCCGCGCCGGUGAACCAGUACGGCGCGAUGGUCCCGCCUCAGCAGCAGCAGCAGCGGCAGCCGUACCCUCCUCCUCCUGCGCAGGGAUGGCCUCAGCAGCAGCAGUCUUCGGCGAUCAACUUGCUCGCCCCCGCCUCCUUCGCCGCAGUCGACUCGAUCGAGCAACGCGAGAUGCAGCAAGAACUCGAGAACCGCCAGCUCGCCGCCGCCGCCGCGCAGUCUGCCCAGUCGAGCCCGUUCGCCGAGAGCGAGGGACAGGGCGAGAUCCGACGCGUCAAGGGGACUUUUGACCCGUCUUUGGACGACGAGUUGGUUCUCUACGCAGGCGACGCCGUCCAGGUCCUCAUGAAGUACGACGAUGGCUGGGCGCUCGGGCUCAACUUGAACUCGGGACGCCCGCCAGCGAAGGGUGUCUUCCCCUUUGACUGCCUCGGCGAGGUCUGCCCCCCUCCGGCUCCGUCGGCCGUGCGCGUGAACGGACAGCCUCCUCAGCCUUCCCAGCAAGUCCAGCAGCAGGCUCAGAGGGCGCUCAGUCCGCCCGUCCCGAGCGCGUUGCAGCCUGGCUCUCCCCAGCCUUCGCCCCUCGCGCCCGUCAACCCCGCACUGGUCCCGCUCCCUCCUCCCACCCCAACCUCCCUCGAGCCCAUCGCCGAAUCCGAGAACGCAGGCAUCAAGUCCGGACCGCCUCAACUCGCCCCUCUCGCACUCACCUCGUCCGACUCGCCCCUCAGCGCUUCGUUCCCCCCGAGCGUGCAGACUAUCCCCGCUCCCGCGACGACGGGGACGACGGGACAGAUGAAGCGCGCGAGUAGUCUGAUUGCGAGUCGCGAUGCGGAUUUGUUUGUUGCGUUGGGCGAGGUGAUUGAGAAGCAGGGACAGGGAGAGGGACAGGGAGAGGGGAAGAAGGAGGAGGAGGACAAGUCGUUGAUCUGA